GCAGGCUUGCCUUUCAGUGGCUUUGGAACUGUAUUAUUAGUAUAUCCUCACAAGUUUGCAGUCUUAACAUAUUGAUGGGUCAUUUGUGGUAAUUCCUUGUUCUACAAGGAAGUACAAUAUGUAUAUAUGAGUAGGAUUUUAUAGUGUUUUUAUAACAUCAGAACAAACACAAUAGGGUUACAGUAACUUGCAUGUUUGGAUGCCUAAUCACUAAAGAAAUAUUGAAUGACCUCACCUCAGUUUUUGCUUAUUCUGUAGUUCUCCCUCUCACCAACAGAUGUCUCCGUCGAUCACUGAUUGUCAGGCUCAGCACAUGCUGGAUCUCUUUACACAGAUGUUUUCUAUAGGAGACUCUGGUUGGCUCUUCAACAGCAGGGGGAGGCACAAGCAGCCAGUGCUUUAUAUCCUAAAUCGGGCUCUUUACUCUGGCCAUAAUCAUGUAGGCUGCUUUCAGGCAGGAGCCAGCCUCAUCCUCACACUGAUCUCAGACCGCAUGAGGAGUAGGGAUGGCCGGGGGACGCAGAGGACUGGUGGCCCCUCAGAACACUUUUCUGGAGAAUAUAGUCCGCCGCUCUAAUGACACCAAUUUUGUUUUGGGGAAUGCCCAAAUUGUGGAUUGGCCUAUUGUCUACAGCAAUGAUGGAUUCUGCAAGCUGUCUGGUUACCAUCGUGCUGAAGUCAUGCAGAAGAGCAGCACAUGCAGCUUCAUGUAUGGGGAACUCACUGACAAAGAAACCUGUGAGAAAGUCCGCCAGACCUUUGAGAACUAUGAGAUGAACUCCUUUGAAAUACUCAUGUACAAGAAAAACCGGAUGCCAGUGUGGUUCUUCAUCAAAAUUGCUCCCAUCCGAAAUGAACAGGACAAAGUUGUACUUUUUCUCUGCACCUUCAGUGAUAUCACUGCAUUCAAGCAGCCUAUUGAAGAUGACUCAUCUAAAGGCUGGGGUAAGUUUGCUCGCCUGACACGGGCGUUGACCAGCAGCCGUGGUGUUUUACAGCAGCUGGCGCCGACUGUCCACAAGGGCGAGAACGUCCACAAGCACUCCCGUCUGGCCGAAGUACUGCAGCUAGGCUCAGACAUCCUCCCACAGUAUAAGCAAGAGGCUCCGAAAACGCCUCCUCACAUCAUCCUGCACUACUGCACCUUCAAAACUACCUGGGACUGGGUGAUUCUCAUCCUCACCUUCUACACGGCCAUUAUGGUCCCCUACAAUGUGUCCUUCAAGACCAAACAAAACAACGUCACCUGGCUGGUAGUAGACAGCAUUGUGGAUGUGAUUUUCCUGGUGGACAUUGUGCUCAACUUCCACACUACCUUUGUUGGACCCGCUGGGGAGGUGAUCUCAGACCCGAAGCUCAUCCGAAUGAACUAUGUGAAGACCUGGUUCGUCAUUGACCUCCUCUCCUGUCUUCCAUACGAUGUCAUUAAUGCCUUUGAGAACGUUGACGAGGGCAUCAGCAGCCUCUUCAGUUCUCUGAAGGUGGUGCGUUUGUUGCGACUCGGGCGUGUGGCCCGCAAGCUGGACCACUACAUUGAAUAUGGUGCGGCGGUGCUGGUGUUGCUGGUUUGUGUGUUUGGCCUGGCCGCCCACUGGCUAGCCUGCAUCUGGUACAGCAUCGGUGACUAUGAGGUCAUAGAUGAGGAAGCCAACAUGGUCCGUACGGACAGCUGGCUGUAUCUUCUGGGAGAAUCUGUUGGUACACCAUAUCGCUUCAAUGCCAGUGGCACGGGGAAGUGGGAAGGGGGUCCCAGCAAAGAUUCGGUCUACAUCACGUCAUUGUAUUUCACCAUGACCAGCCUGACCAGUAUUGGCUUUGGGAAUAUCGCCCCCACCACAGAUGGAGAGAAGAUCUUCGCCGUGGCCAUGAUGAUGAUUGGCUCUCUCCUUUAUGCCACCAUCUUUGGUAAUGUAACCACCAUCUUCCAGCAAAUGUAUGCCAACACCAACCGCUACCACGAGAUGUUAAACAGCGUGAGAGACUUCCUGAAGCUCUACCAGGUUCCCAAGGGUCUCAGUGAGAGGGUCAUGGACUAUAUCGUCUCGACAUGGUCUAUGUCCAGAGGAAUUGACACUGAUAAGGUGUUGCAAAUUUGCCCCAAAGACAUGCGUGCAGACAUCUGCGUUCAUCUCAACAGGAAGGUGUUCAAAGAACAUCCGGCUUUUCGUCUGGCCAGCGACGGCUGUUUAAGAGCCCUUGCCAUGGAGUUUCAGACCAUCCACUGCGCCCCGGGCGACCUCAUCUACCACGCUGGUGAAAGCGUGGACAGCCUCUGCUUUGUGGUGUCAGGGUCUUUGGAGGUCAUCCAGGACGAUGAAGUCGUUGCUAUUUUGGGAAAGGGAGAUGUAUUCGGGGAUGUGUUCUGGAAAGAGGUGAAUUUAGCUCAGGCUUGUGCAAACGUUCGUGCACUGACCUACUGCGAUCUUCACAUCAUCAAGCGUGAUGCUUUACAGAAGGUUCUGGAAUUCUACACAGCCUUCGCCGGCCACUUCUCACGGAAUCUGGUGCUAACCUACAACCUGAGGAAGAGGAUUGUCUUCCGUAAAAUAAGUGAUGUCAAACGGGAAGAAGAGGAAAUGCUGCGAAGGAAGAAUGAAGCCCCUCUGAAUCUUCCUCCAGAUCACCCCGUGCGGCGUCUCUUCCAGCGAUUCCGCCAGCAGAAAGAGGCCCGUCUGGCGGCAGAGCGAGCAAGUCAAGGAGAACAGGAUGUCGAGAAAGGCAGAGUAGAGACUAUGGUGCCAACUAGCAUCAUCACGGUCACUGAAAGUCCAGCCACUCCAGUUACGUCUUCACCCACUUCAUCAUCAUCAUCAUCAUGUCGAGCAAAAAAUUACACUCCCAUGGCUCCUAAUGGAAACUAUACAAGAAAUAAGUCAGCAGAACCACUCAAAAACAAAGGCUGGGGUCGGUUUAAAGAUGCCACAGCCAAGUCUAAUCUCUCCUGGUGUCCUGUGUCCAAAGCAGAGUCCAUGGAAAUGCUACCAGACAGGACUAAGUUGCAAGAUGAACUGUCCCUCAAGAAGACGGACUCGUGCGACAGCGGCAUCACUAAGAGUGACCUGCGACUCGAUAAUAUGGGUGACGGUAGCACUCGAACCCCUCAGGAUCGGAGCCCUAUCCAGCCUGAGGGGAAACGAAUGUUCCACCCCAUUCCUGAACACAGUCUUCAGACCUGCUUUACGGAACUGAAGCAGGAGCUACAAGGAGACAUUCACUCCCUCAGCAGCAGAAUGAGCGCGCUUGAAGCGCAGCUUGCAGAGAUGCUCCGUCUUCUCAAAGACAGAAAGACCUCAGGAUCUUCGAACUUGUUUGACAUAUCAAGGCCGGACUCUCCAGAUUCAGAAAAGGAUGAAAUGUUCUCCUAGCUGAGUUUCAUGUCUGAUACAGUGGGCUAAAGGGAAGAAGUCCAAGCCAAACUGACCUCAACUAGUAUUUUACUUUAAAGGUGAAGUAUGCAAGAUUUGUUAUGUUAAAAUACAUUCUCUUAACCAGGGGCCGUAUUUACAAAACAUUUUAUCUUACCAUUAAGAGUUCACCUAAAUGGCAGUAAAAGUUCUUAGCU